CACACAAUAGAGAGAUAGGAUAUGGAAGAGAUUGAACACUUUAGUCAUGAAAACCAUCCAUUAAAUCUUAUAAACUCUGAGAUGAUUGUAGGUGCUAGAUUCGAUGGUGGUGAUAAAAAACCACAAGUCAUUGGAUGCAAUGCAUGUGACAAGCCCAUAUCAAGUGGUUUUGCAUAUGCUUGUACCAAAUGUCGUUACUUUCUGCAUAAAGCAUGUGCACAACUACCACCCACUUUCAACGACCCUUCCUUAUAUCAUCACCCUCUAAUACUUACUCGUAUGACAGAUCCCAGAUCAUGGAAAUGUGCGGUGUGUCGUAUUCAAAAGAAAUCUGGGAUGUUUUCAUAUACUUUCGAAAAGGAUUACAUAUACAUCUUUAAAGCUUGCAUUGAUUGUUGUGUUUCUAGGAUUACUCGCAAGGCAGAAGCUGAUGCUAUCAAGGAGGCAGGAAGGAUCAAGAUUGAACAUAAAGGCCAUCCACAACACACUUUAAGCCUCAAAUUAAGACCUAAUGUGGUGUUGUGUGAUGCAUGCAAAGCUAAGGAUGAAGGCUUAUUCUAUGAGUGUGAUAGUUGUGAUUUCUGGAUCCACAAGACUUGUGUUUCCUUAGCACAUACCAUCGAUCUACCUCAUCACCCCAAUCACAAAUUGGUUCUUGUCUAUUCUCUUCCAGAAAUAUUCUUUAAUUUUUGGUAUUAUUGUGAAAUUUGCAAUGAAUACAUCCAGCGGAAUGAGUGGUUAUACCAUUGUGCAAAUUGUAGAUAUUUUGUACAUAUCAGGUGUGCCUUAAAUGCAGAGCAAACUUCUACUACUCAAAGAGAUGUCUCAAGUACUUCUUUUGUUGAUGAAGACCUAAAAGAUUUGUUGGAAUUUCCCAUGUCAGAGGCAUUCACAGAUCCAUUAAAACUACUACAUUUGGAUAAGACAACUAUGCAUGAUGAUGAGAGUAAAAAAAUUAAACAUUGGAGCCAUAAUCAUCCAUUAAUCCUUAAUGUAGAUCAUCAAGUUAACAACAUGUAUGGUAUCAUCUCUAGUGAUCCAAUAGAGGUAUGUCAGGGGUGUGUACGACCCCUUUCCUUUCCAUACUAUAGUUGCAAAGAUGGAUGUUCAUUCUCUCUCCACAAAUAUUGUGCUGAGUUACCACUCAAAUUACAACAUCAACUUCACCCAGAUCAUUCGCUUGUAUUGAUAAAUGCAGCGGGACAUGGUAUAAUCCAUGAAUGCAUUGGUUGUUUUAGCAAAGGCAACAUGUAUUUUUAUAGGUGUAAAACUUGUGAGUUUUACCUUGAUGUCAAUUGUGCAUUUUUACCCAAAACCAUUAAACACAAAUCCCACAAGCAUCCUCUUAUCCAAGUUAUGGAUCCAUACCCUCUUUGUAACGCAUGUGAAAAAUUUUCUAGAGGUAUAAGCUAUGCUUGUAAGUCUUGCGACUUCAUAUUAGACAUGUAUUGUGCAAUGAGAUCACCACAUUCCCUUGCUCAUAGAUAUUGCAAAGGGCAUAAAAUCCCACUGACGUAUCCCCCUAUCAUGGAUCACCCGGAAGAUUUCUAUUGUGAUAUCUGUGAGAAAGAAAUGCACCCUAAGUUGCCACUCUAUUAUUGUCACAAAUGCAAAAAUUCUUUUCAUCUUGAUUGCAUUAUUCGAAUCGAUUAUCAAGCAAACAUGUUGUACAAGGGCACAAGAAAUGUUUCCUAUCAUAAACAUCCAUUAACAUUUGUUCGGAGAAAGAAAACGCCCAAGUAUGUGUGUUCUGUUUGUAAUCAAGAUAUUAAUGGUUAUUUGAGCCUCGAAUGUCGGGCAAGAGUCUGUAAUUUCAAUAUUUGUUAUGAAUGUCAUCUUGAGCAAUGAAUCCUCAAUUAUGUAAUAUGAUUAGGACCUAAUAAUUAUGAAUCCUCAAUCAUGCCAUUGUUUCCAUGAAUUA